AUGGCGCAGUCUGAGCCGUUUGUGACGAGAGCGCCCCCCGUGGAGGCCCGGCCCGUGGAGCUGGACGUUCUGGGCUUCCUGGAGUCGUUUGGGGAGGAGAACAGCACGGCUGAGAGAUGCUACCGCUCGCACUCCCGCAGCAGCGUCCUCCAGGGUCUGCCGUUCGGUGGAGUGCCCACGGUGCUCGCCAUCAACGUGGUGCUCUGGAUGUUUCUGUUGCUCAUCUUCUCCUGUCUGAGGAAGGCUGCGUGGGACUACGGCCGCCUGGCUCUGCUGAUGGAGAACGACAGUCUCACGUCCCUGUUUUAUGGAGAACCGAGUGAAAAAGAGAAGUCUCCUUCAGAAUCCAGCCCCUCUGACUCCGAGACCAAGGACAUGGGCUUCUGCUCGUGGCUCUCAUCUCUUUACCAUAUGAAGGAUGAGGAGAUCCGUAGCAAAUGUGGCAUCGAUGCCGUCACAUACCUGUCCUUCCAGCGCCACAUCAUCCUGCUCAUGACCGUGGUUUCCCUGCUGUCUUUGGCCGUGAUCCUGCCGGUCAACUUUUCCGGGAACCUCCUGGGAGACAGUCCUGAAAACUUUGGAAGAACAACACUGGCUAAUGUUAGCGCAAAGGACAGCUUUCUGUGGCUGCACAGCAUCUUUGCUCUGGUGUACUUCAUCAUCACUUUGCUGUGUAUGGCUCAUCACUCAAUACGUCUGGAGUACAGAGAAGAUGAGAAGGUCGCCAGAACGCUGAUGAUCACCUGCAUACCGAGGGAGAUCUCUGACCCAGGACUCAUCACCAAACACUUCCAUGAGGCCUACCCCAGCUGCACCGUCACUGACAUCCGUUUCUGCUUUAACGUCCACAAGCUCAUGAGGCUGGACCUGGAGAGGCGCAAGGCGAUGAAGGGCAGGCUGUAUUUCGCUUCAAAGGCCCAGAAGGAGGGAAAGAUCAUGAUCAAGACCCACCCAUGCGCUCAGAUAUUCUGCUGCGACAUAUGCGGCUUUGAAAAGGUGGAUGCAGAACAGUACUACAGCGAGUUAGAAGAGAAGCGCACGGACGAGUUCAACGCCGAGAAGAACCGCAUCACCAUGAAGAGGCUGGGCAUCGCCUUCGUGACUUUUCGCGACGAGAGGAUGACCGCGGUCAUCGUGAAGGACUAUGGCCGCGUGCACUGCCGCCGCAGACCCCAGCAGUCCAGCAUCACUACUGUGGUGCAGUCGCACAAGUGGGGUGUGAGCUACGCACCUGCUCCCAGUGACAUCAUCUGGGAAAACCUGUCAGUGUGCGGAUCUCGCUGGUGGCUCCGCUGCGUCCUCCUCAACAUCCUCCUCUUCCUGCUGCUCUUCUUCCUCACCACUCCCGCCAUCAUCGUCAACACCAUGGACAAGUUCAACGUCACAAGGCCCGUGGAGAGUCUGAGGAGCCCGGUCAUUACCCAGUUCUUCCCGACCCUCCUGCUGUGGGCGUUCUCGGUGCUCCUGCCCUUCAUCGUCUACUACUCCGCCUUCUUCGAGUCCCACUGGACCAGAUCUGGAGAGAACCAAGUGACGAUGCACAAGUGUUUUUUACUGCUGGUCUUCAUGGUCAUCAUCCUGCCCUCCCUGGGUCUGUCCAGUCUUGACCUCUUCUUCACCUGGCUCUUUGAUGUCCACUUCCUGGAUGAGAAGGAUGUCAAAUUUCAGUGCGUGUUUCUCCCCGACAACGGCGCGUUCUUUGUCAACUACGUGAUCACAUCCAGUCUGAUCGGCACGUCCAUGGAGCUGCUCCGCAUCCCGGCGCUCACCGUGUACGCCCUCCGCCUCUGCUUCGCCAAGUCCCAGGCCGAGCGGAUUCACGUCAAACGGAGCCAAGCUUACGAGUUCCAGUUUGGCCUGGAGUACGCAUGGACCAUGUGCAUCUUCGCUGUCAGUAUGACCUACAGCAUCACAUGUCCCAUCAUUACACCCUUCGGUCUCCUCUAUGUGGUCCUGAAGCACAUGGUCGACCGGUACAACAUCUACUAUGCAUACGUUCCCACCAAACUCAACCAGCGGAUCCACAGAGCGGCCAUCAGCCAGGUCAUCGUGGCUCCAAUCCUCUGCAUGUUCUGGCUGCUCUUCUUCUCUGUGCUCAGAUUGGGUCCGGUUCAUCCCAUCACCCUCUUCACCUCAGCGUCUCUGAUCGCUUGCAUCGCCUGUUACCUCUUCCGCUUGUGCCUUAGGAAGCAACCAGACAAGUCAACAAGCUACCAGAUGUCUGAUCAGCCAACAGAGGGGACGUUCACUGAUGCAGACAGGAGCACUGUGACAUCCACCACCGCCUCCAGUCUGUUUGUGGCGUCCGUGCUGCUGGAGCCAGAGCUGGCUUUGACUCCGAUGCCCUCCCCGGCCCACCACAGCUAUGGCGCCAUGGCCAGCUCCCAGAGUUCAAGCCACGGCCCGGCGGAGGAAGAGGAGGGCGAGGAAGACCACGCCCAGACCCGGGAGACCGAGCUGCAAGACCCCCAAGACCCCUACUGCUCCAGCCCGCUCAUGGACAGCCCUGUGGGCUACCAGUAA